AUGGCGGACCUACCGGGCACUGGCCGUAUUCCGCCUUCGUAUCUUGUGGCAUCUGUUGCAGUCGCGGUUGUUUUAGCUGCGCUUGGAAUGGCUAUCGUAGCCACGCUCACAUGGCAAUACAGAGAACUUCCUGAAGACAACGAGCUGUCUGGAAUCCAGGCCAACGUUGGGGAAGCUGGGCGAAGGGAUCGACUUGUAAAGGGGCCGUAUGAACAUUGCGAUGCCUGGGAUUGA